AUGGCGCUGCUGAUCGUCGCGGGCCUGCCAUGCUCUGGGCGCUCGACGCGCGUCGCAGAGACGCAGGCGUACUUUGAGACGCACCUUGCCGAGGUGCCGAGCCUUGCGCGCGUCACUGUGGUGACGGACGAGGACGUGCACGUCGACAAGAGCGUGUACGAAGCGCAAAAAACCGAGGGACGUGCGCGUGCGGCGUACCUGAGUGCGGUGCGGCGCGCGCUUUCGCCCAGCACGAUCGUCAUUGCGGACGGGGGCGCGGGUAUGAAUAUUAAAGGGUACCGCUACGAGCUGUGGUGCGCGGCGCGCGAGCUCGGCAUCCGGUGUGCAACGAUGCACGUCGCGUGCCCCCCCGACCUCGCCAGAGCGUGGAAUGCGGCGCGGAUUGAGCGUGGCGCGCCGGACGCAUACACCGAGACAUGUUUCGACGAGCUCGUUGCGCGAUUUGAGGAGCCGACACCUGCCUCGCGCUGGCACCGGCCGCUGUUUGUCGUGACGGCGACCGGUGCGCCCGACGCCGUAGAUGCUGCGCCGAUCCCCCUCGCGGACCUGUGGCACGCCGUGACCCAGAGCGAGGUCCAAGCGCCGAAAGCCGUCACGCUGCAGCGGCACACGACGGCGAACAACAGCAUGGAGCUGCUCGAUACCGUGACGCACAAAGUGCUUGGCGCGCUCCAGGAGCAGCGUGCGCAGGCUGCGCAAGGGCCCGUGACCCUCGCGGUCCCCGGCGUGGCGCCCGUCGCAUUCUCCCUUCCCCCCGGGCGCGGCGUCCCUACGCCCGCGCGCCUGCAGACACUGCGCCGCCAGUUUGUGCGUGUCUACGCAUCGAAAGCAGAGCUGCAAGGCCUUGCCAUGACGGAGCACCACGUCGCGACGCUCUUUGCCGGCUGGCUGCAAGAGUCGCUUGCUUUAUAG